ACACGUGACAGCCGACUUAUCCAAACGAGAGCGCAGGCCCUUUAAAUGACCAUCAUUCUUCGUCUGUCAUCCUUAGGUCAUAAAACCCCAUUAGCAUGAGCUACAUCCCUGCCAUAGAUUUAGUGGGCCCAGAGACGCCCAAGCCCAAAAGACGGUCGCCCGGUCUGAGACCGCGCUCGCCCUCCUCUGUAACGUCCAACGGCCGCGAGAGGCCCCACCCUGCGCACAAAAUAUACCGCAACUUGCUUAUCUUAGAGGACAGCCUCAGACAGCAGGUAUUGUACCAGAGCCGCCUCCGCCGAAAAUACGUGUGUUUCAUCUCCACGUUGAUCUUGCUAGCUAUUUGGCUCUUUGUGCAGAUCCAGGACCAGCAAGGCUACGUAAAGCUCUCAUUCCAGUUUGUGUUCUACGCCAUCUGCACAACUGUGGUGCUUUUCCGGCUCUCGGGCGAGUACCACAAGAAGAUUAUCAUGCCCAAGAGGUUCUUAGGUGCCACCAAUAAGGGUUUGCGCCAGUUUAACUUGCGGUUGAUCAAGGUGAAAACCUCGAGCACCGACGCGAUUAUCGACUCGAUGCGACUGAUAAUCAACCAGACCGUGCAGCAACUCCUAGAACUAGCUACCAGGGUCAAUCCACAGGCGCCUAGCCAGAGCAAGAGUCCGGGAAUAGGUAACCAGAUCUACGCCAAGUUGGAGUACAUUGACAAGAUUACGCAGCCCAGAAUCGGGUUCAAUGAUGUUAAACUCAUUCUCAACCCCAGAACGUUCCAGAUCAACAUCAGACAGGGCUGGGAGGUGUACCGCAACGAGUUUUGGUCGCGUGACGGGUACAAACGGAGACGCACGUCACUCUCGGGUCCGCCUCCGAAAAAUCCGCCAACCGAUGGGAAAAAAGGGGCCCGAAAGCGCCGGGUGUCUUCCAACAAAGCGGAGACGAACCCAAAGAACCACACCAAAAACAAGUUGCGCUCGUCUGUGAUUUCGCUGAGCAGUGUGGGGGACAGUGGAGGAGAAAGACCCGGAAGCUUUAGCAGCGAGCGGAGUUUCGGAUUUGCUACGCCGGGAUCAACCUAUGGGUCGGAUAGCGAGGUACUAGCUGUUAUAUCCGACGAUGAAUGAGAAAGAAAGUGAGGACUUGGUGCAGUGCACUGUCCCGAUCAAAGAGGAAGGUAUUAAAAGUGAAAAUGUUGGCGGUGAAUGUGCAUCCAGAGUGCCAAGCGUGGGGGCUGAAGCCACCAUGAGUCAUUUAGGUUGCGAUGAAUCGAUUGCUAGCAUGGUUGAUAUUUCAAAUAAGGAUUAGUGCUUAUUCAAGAGCAAUUUUCAAAUAAGCCAGGCGACGAGAGAUUGAAUACCGGCAUGGCUGGAUAAAGCCGAAAUGUAGACCCACGGAUACGCUGAGAUUCAGAUUUGUAAUGGCGCUGAGCCGCGAUACGGUGAGAACCCAAGUUGUACCUCUUAUUAGGUGAGAAAAAUGGCCAAACUGUCCAGGCUGUACCUUCUUAAACAUAAAUGAGUGAAAACAUAAACUAAUUUAAAUCGC